AUUUAUGUGCUAUGUCGACAAUGUUCAAGUGUAAAUGUAUUCGAUAAGAUUGAAGUUGUAAUAUUGUUAUCUAAGUCGCGGUUUGCAAGUACGUGACUCAUGGUAUAAUCUGCAAAAAUGGUUACUUCAAACAAACAAUCGGAUAAAAAAGUUGUUAAAAUGGCUGAACAGAAUAACACAGCAGUUGUGCCUCAACGAACUCUGUUAGGUGAAGUAAAUGAACAUAUAACAUGUCCGCUAUGUCGGGGUUACUACAUAGACGCGACUACCAUAGUGGAAUGUUUACAUUCAUUUUGUCGAAGUUGUAUAAUAAAACAUCUUCAAGUUAAAAGUUAUUGUCCAGUCUGUGAGAUGAUGAUUAAUUCAGCAAAACCCAAUAUUAAGUUAGACAAAGCCCUGCAAGACAUAGUUUACAAACUUGUACCUGGUUUGUUUCAAAAAGAAAUGGAAAGACGUCAACAAUUUUAUGCGUCUAGACCAGGCCCAGCAGCAUCUGCUACGCCUGAACAAAGAGGCGAAGACACUGAACGAAUAAUUUUUAGUCCUGAAGAUGUUAUUUCAUUCUCAUUGGAAUAUGCAGAUGCAACUGACGCAGACAGUAUUUCUAGCAAAUCAUCUGACAGUAACGAAGCACAGCCUACAGCAUUAACCACAAGAAGAUAUUUGCAAUGCCCAGCUGUGGUCAAUAUAAGUCAUCUUAAAAAGUUUCUUAGUAUGAAGUUUGAUAUUGACAGUACCCAAUUUGCUAUUGACAUACUGUACAAAAGAGUUCCUUUACCUGAUUAUUAUACAUUAAUGGAUAUUGCUUACAUAUACAACUGGAAAAGGAAUGAACCUAUGAGAUUCUUUUAUCAAAUUAUUGAUUAUGUGGCAAUAAGGAACAGAUUAUUUGAUAUUAAUAGAAAGGGAGGAUCACAUUUUCCUGACAGAAAAUCAAGUCCUACUUGUACUGAGGAUACAAAUGCUAGUAGCCCAACUCCAAACCUCAAUGACCAGGCUUCUGAAGCAUCUUCUGGCACUGAUAGCCCAAUGCCUGAUGAAACAAAUGUUAAGAAAACAUGUGAUAAUCAAAAGAAAAGUGAUUCAGCAGUGCAGAGUGCUAAAGAUGUAAAAGAUGUAUCAGUAAGUCAAGAAAACAUGUCAGAUAUUAAGAAAAAGGAUGAUGAGGUUGAAAAAUCACAAUUUUUAAAUUCAUUUGAAUUAAAAGCAAAUAAUCCUACAACUUCAAAAUCAUCGCCUGUAAAAGCAAGUAACAGUGAUGUCACAACAUCUCCAAAAGACAGUAGUGGUAUUAAAGGCUCUAGCCAAAGUUCAAAAAUUGAAGAAUGCUUAAAAAGGAAAUAUGAAAUACCUAAAACUUUACCAGAAAUGAAAAAAAUUAAAAUAGAGAUUCCUAAGGUACCAUUAAGUCAAACAACUAAUGUAGGUACAAUAAAAACUGUGAAUGUAAAAGAAAAUUCUCAAAAAGUUGUUUCUAACCCUACAAACUCAGCUAAAACUGUUGAAGAGACGUCAAAAGUUAGUGGGGCAAGUGGUAAUACUCAAACAACUCCUCAAAUACCUGUCAAGGAUAAUAAACAACAGCAAACUUCAAUGGUAAAACAACAGCAGCAGUCAGACAGUCCUGGACAAAAAAGAACUGUAGCUGCGCCUCACUCUGUUUCAUCACCUAAAAGAAAACCCACAGAAUCUUCAGUUGUAUCUCAACCCUCUCCUUUAGUUCCAAAAACUGUGUCUCCUUUGAAAUUACAAAUACCUAAGCCUGAGACUGCUACGCCAACCUUAAAACAAGUUGAGACACCAAAAGCGAUAACAAAGAAAAUGCCUGAUUUAAAGCCAAGCAUACCAGUACCAACUAAUCAAAAUAAACAACCACCUUCCGGAAAAUUAAGAAUGGAUCUUUUGGCAAAUAAUUGUGAUCCUACAAUAGAUAGAAGCAAAAUAUUAUCUCAAGUGAAAACAUCGCUUCCAACUCCGAAUACGGCGCAACCUUCUGGAGAUCCAUUAAAAUCAUUAUUUGAUUCAUGUAAAAUUAAUAUACCUUCUUCCCUUUCUAUUACUCUAACUGAUCAGAAAUUAGAUCCACGAAACCUUUCAGAUACAGUUAGUAAUGAUCCAAAGAAAAAUAUUGUUAACAAAAAUCUCACAAGUGCUGGUAGCACAAGCACACAUAAAGUACCCAGUCCCCCAGUUCAUAAUUAUAUUGAAAUACUUAAGUUACCUGAUAAUGACCAAAAAAAGGGUAAUAAAGUUGAAAAUAUUCCUGAGAAAAGUAGUGCUCUUCAAAAUAAAACUGAAAGCAAUACAACACAAACAAAAUUACCCAAUAAAACUUCUGAAACAUCUGCUAAGGGCCCUAUACCAAAUUUGAAACCAAUUGCAGACACAAAAUUGGGUAAACAAAGUGGAACAUAUUCUGCAACACCUAUAACAUUUCAACAAACCUUUGAGCAACAAUUACAAUCAUUUCAGUCUGAUAAGAAACCUAAGGUACCUAAAAGUAAAGCCCAAGUUCCUAAGUUAGUUCCAGCAACUCCCAAGUCGUUUAGUGCUGCAAACAAACUGAAUUCUGUGAAUAAAACGCCACCAAAUAUGCCCCCAGCAGAAAAUAAAACAAGCACAGCUCUAGAUUUGUCUACUCCACAUAAUUUACAAAGUCAACUUGGACCACAACAGACUAAAAAGGCCUUUGAGAAAAUGCAAUCAAUAGCUAACCUAGCAAAUAAACAAAAUAUGCAUCCCAAAAUGCUGCCACUUGCUAUGUCCCAGGCUAAUGUUUUUACAAAUAUGUCUAAUAGAACUGUAACUACUGGUGCUCAAACUUUAAGAGUUCCAUCCACCAGUAGCAUUAAUCAGAUGAAACUUGACAAACUAAAUACUAGUGGGCCGCAAAUGAAUUCUCCUAGACAUGAAUCAACUCAAAGAAAUCCAGUCAAACAUGCACCUAACUCUAAUCCAAAUGUUCCAGCUUCUAGUUACUCAAACAACUCCUCGAGUAAUGCUCAACCAUCACCAAGAUCUCAGACAAGGUCUCCAAGUUCGUCUCCUAAGUUAGUGAUAGCUGAAGAUAAACAAGCAAGCAGUUUAUCCUCAGAACAUAAUAUAAAUCAAUCAAAUCAAAUAACAAGUACUCAACUAUCAAAUGCUAAUUCUUCAAAAAUUGAAUCACCGAAAGCUUCGCCUGGACCAUCUAAAACGGGAAUUAAACCAGUAAAACCUAUGAUGCCUGGAAGUAAAGUGACGGGUAUUAGACAACCAAUAACUCCUACCAUGAACACAAAUCCAGCUUUGAAUAAUCCAGCAGAUUUUCUAUCAAAACCACAAUUGAUUUCGCCUGUGCAGCAAGCAAUACUAAGACAUCAAAUAGAAAUGCAAAGUGCUUGGCUCAAUGCACAAAGACAAUAUGAUUUAUUUAAAAAUAUCUCCAAUAUGGCUCACCAAACCCAGAAUGAACAAAUGGCUUCUCUUCAAUCAACAAUUUCUUUUAAGUCUCGAAAAAGGACUAAUUACAAUGAAGCUAAGGAAAAAACAAAUAAUGAAAACAGAGAUACUUUAAAUAUUGUCAAAAGAACAACUUUAAAAAGAGACCUGAAAAGAAAGGACAAUGAUGUAAUAUCUGAAGAAGGUAAAUACGAUAAUAAUGUUUAUGCAUCAAAAACACCAUUAGAGCCACUUGUAAGCCGAGAAGAGGAGAUAGAAUUUAUACAAAAUUUUCUCUUGGAACAUCUUGAUAAGGAGCAAUCAGGGUCUUUAUAUAUCUCCGGUCAACCUGGUACAGGAAAGACGGCGAGUUUAUCUUACAUAUUACAAGUUCCAAAGAUAAGAGAUGGUUAUAAGAAAGUAUUUAUUAACUGUACUAUGGUGAAAUCAGCUGCAAGUAUUUAUAGCAGAAUAUGCAAAGAGUUGCAGCUGCCAACAUCAGGCAAGAGUGAAAAAGUUUGCCUGAAUACGAUCGAAAAUUAUUUAUUCAAAAAGCAUAAAAUGAUCCUGCUCGUGCUGGACGAGAUCGACCAGCUGGGCAGCGCGCGGCAGACGGUGCUGUACCGCGUGUUCGAGUGGGCGGCGCGCGCGGCGCGGCUGGUGCUGGUGGGCGUGGCCAACGCGCUGGACCUCACGGAGCGCGCCCUGCCGCGCCUGCAGGCGCGCGGCCUGCGCCCCGCCGCGCUGCACUUCGCGCCCUACUCCAAGCAGCAGAUCGUCGACAUCUUCAGCCGCGUGCUGGCCGCCGACGACAACGCCGGCGUCUUCUCGCCGGUCGCGCUGCAGAUGCUCGCAGCUAAAAUUGCCGCUGUGUCUGGUGAUAUGAGAAGAGCGUUAGAUAUUGGAAGGCGAGUCAUCGAUCUUGCGAGACGCACUAAAUUUGGUGAAAAUCAAUCUGUCGACGAAAUGAUGAAAGAUUCAUCGGUGACGGUUGAAUUGAAACAAGUACUCGAAGUUCUGAAUGACGUAUACGGUGGUGCGAGAAAGCUCGAAAACGAAGUUGACGACGGUCUUCCCAUACAUCAGAAAUUGAUUUUGUGUAGUCUAAUGCUGAUGUUGACCAAAGGAAAAAAUAAAGAAAUCGUAAUGGGAAAACUCCAUGACGUUUAUAAAAGGGUGGCGGCGGCGCGCAACAUGGCGGCCCUGGAGCUGGGCGAGCUGGCGGGCGCGUGCGCGCUGCUGGAGGCGCGCGGCGCGCUGCGCGUGGCGGGCGCGGGCGGGGCGCGCGCGCGCCGCGUGCGCCUGCAGUGGGACGAGGCCGAGCUGGCCGCUGCGCUGCGCGACCGCCCGCUGCUGGCCUCCAUCCUCGCCGACACCCACUGCCUUGCUCCCUAA